AGACACUACACCUUCAAACAAGACUGCUUAUUGCCGCAUUAUGACUGGUAUGCUUUCACCACAAUAUCUCCAACAAGUACAACAUUUGUUGCUAUUGACUAAGGUCUGGCUCAUCUAAACUGCCGAUUCUACCUUUGGAAAAGAAAGAGUCUGAAAUUUGUGAAGCUGUGUUGGGACUCAUUGUAAGCAGUCAUGCCUGUGGUUAAAGUGGAGAGCGAUUCACCCUCCGAGACCACUCUUCCAGUGAAUGACAGUCAGAGAGCAGAACCACAAAAGGGCCGGCGGAGGAAGAGGCCCCUUCAGCGAGGCAAACCGCCGUACAGCUACAUCGCUCUGAUCUCCAUGGCGAUUGCAAACUCGCCCGACCACAAGCUCACGCUUGGAGGGAUCUACAAGUUCAUCACAGAGAGGUUUCCGUUCUAUCGAGACAACUCCAAGAAAUGGCAGAACUCCAUACGUCAUAACUUGACACUCAAUGACUGUUUUAUUAAGAUCCCACGAGAGCCCGGUAGACCUGGAAAAGGCAACUACUGGGCGUUGGAUCCCAACGCAGAAGACAUGUUCGAAAGUGGCAGCUUCUUACGCCGCAGAAAGCGUUUCAAGCGCAGCGACUUCACUACAUAUUCAUCGUACAUGCACGAGUCUCCCGUCUUCCCCUCGGUUCAGAUGGCACGCUCGGCCUACGCCAACACCGUCUACUCAAACAUGGCGGUGAGCCCACCUUAUUCCCAACAGCUUCCAUCUGCCUAUUACCAGUCCUCCUCACCCAGUUUUGACUCGGGCCAGUCGAGGGUCUUCAGAAUCAAUUCUCUUAUCGGAUCACCCGGCAGGAUGGGUCAACCCGCAGAGAUGAUGGCUCAGCAGUCGUGCCGCAGUUUCAGCCCAGAGAGUGGCUCCUGUAGUUUGGGAGGAACGGGCUAUCAGCAUCAGUCCUGCGGUGGGGAGACCAUGCUGUCAUGCUGCUCCAGCUCCUCGAAUAACAUGGCCUUUGCUUACUCCAGUCCAGGACAUGUACAAACUCAGGUCUCAUAUCCACAAGGCAGCACUCAGACCUACGGGCAAACGGGGAGGGUGGCCAUCUCCAGUUUGUCUCCCCUGGCUGGUGACGCUGUUGGUGAUCCAUACGGCAGAACGUCUCCAGCACAGCUGGGCACAUUUGUUCAGUACAAUACCUCUGGUCCAAUAGGCAGCUCAGGACCCUACAUUAGACAUCCAGCUUACUCAGGUAAUAUGGACAGGUUCGUGUCUGCCACCUAGUAAUGGGCGAGGAUGAUUUUCCAAUUGCACGGAUUGCUGCCUGAAUGACGCAGCGAGGAACAUUCGUGGAGUUAUUUAAGAACAUUUUAGCCGAUAGAAAAUCAUAACGAACAGAAAAUGUUUACAGAACAUACAUGGAAAAUGUGAUAUUUAAACAGUUUUUUAAAUAGACUUGAAUUUUAAAAUGACGUCAAUAAAGAACCUUCUUAUCAUUGUAAAAAUGCACGAAGUGCUGAGGUUCAAAACUUUAUUUUUAUCGGGGUCUUUCCUUUUUUAAUUACAUUUGAGUGAAAUGUGUUCAUAGGUUUUGUACAUGCUCUUUUAUUGACUGCCAGCUGUGAUGAUAUUAAAAAGUCAAAAAAGUUUCCACUGAUACAUUUACUUAAUUCAUUGAUAUAAAAAUGUUUCUACACAAGGCUGCGUGUGACUGGAUCUUUUAGUCAUUUUUCAUGAGAAUUUCAGAGAAAUCAUAUUUCAUGUUUAUCUUUUAAAUUGAACAAAUUAUUACAAUGAAUUCAAAUAUUAUUAAUCAUAUAACGUCAUAAGAAAGAGUUAUUUCACUAAAUUAUUGAUUUCGAUAAAACUGCAGAACAUAACCAGAACCCAUUUCUAAAGCAGGACAUAGCAAACAAUAGAUUAUUAUUAACAAAUUCUAAAGAAUUAAUACGGAGUUACAAUAAAACUGUCAAUUUCACAUCUAAUUGAUCCAAUUCACAAUCCAAUUCAAAACAGCUUUACAGAAAACAGACAAAAGAGGAUAAAAGUCCAUCUAGCGAAUAGGACAAAGCUAAUGUUUAUUUUGAAAUAAGUUAUUUUCAAAUAGUUUAUAUUAGGAAUUCCUUACAAAACAAAACUUUUGCUGCAAGCUUUUAAUUGAAUGUUAAAAACAAAACUAAAAAUAUAAAUGGAAUAAUAUAAAUAUAGUUUCCGUUGUUGCUGCUGUUAAUAAUGUUAGUUCCACUAACAAUAUUUUAUGAAUUAUAAAAUGUUAAAAAUAAUAGUUGCUCAGGACCAGAGGAAUGAAACUAUACUAGCAUGGUGAAAGCAAUCGCUGACAUUAAUGCAACCAAGAGAAAAAUUUAACAAUUAGUCUUCAGGGGCCAGAUUCACGAAAAUUAUUCGUAAGAAUGUUCGUAAGUGUAAGUCUCAAACAUGGAAGAAUAAAAUGAUACGAAUUAACUUGCAUGCUCGUGUGGUAACUGUAUAUGUGUAUCUAUACAAUAAACUUAAUGUGUGUAACAAGCACAUCCCAUUCUUAUGUAGCCUGUAUAUAUUGGCAUGUGAUAUUUAAACGGCAUUUACGAUCGCAUGUUUGCUAAAAGCCUAUGUAAGCAAGCAUUAUAAAAUAUACUUAGGCUCUUAUUAUAUAAAAAAUAAAAUUGUAUCCUACUACGACAUAAGACUUAUGACCCUCUCCAUUUUGUGUCACUCUGUACCAGAAUAAUGUAAAAAGCACUUUAAUAAUGAAAGCUAAAGUGAGCUAGACCUUAUUUUUAUAUCAAAAUAAAUAUUCCUUAAUGGGUGGUAAACGUCAAAAUUAUGAUUCUGGCUCAAUAAAAUACACGUCACAUGUGACACAACCAAAUACACGUUUUAAAUAUUUUACCUUUUGAGAUUUAAGACAACCGUAUGGCUGUCCUCAUUUUAAGAUAAUAUUUACGACAGCUUUUGUUCGGAGAACUUGGAUUCUUCUUAAUUUUUUUCUAAGAUCAAUCUUUAGAAAAAAAGUAGAACAGUCUUAAGAAGUUUUUUUUUGGAAUACAGAACAUUCCUAAGUUUUUUCUAAAAUUAGAAUUUAAGAGAAAACAUGUCAGUGUUUUGUGAAUCCGGCCCCAGAUGCUCUAAGCAACUAACUAAAAGUCAUAAUUUUUGGUUGUAUUUUUUUUUUGAAAACCUUGAAAUAAAUGACUCUUCAGUCAAUGAGAUAUGACUGAAAUAUCAAAGUACAGAGCAAAUAAGGCAUUAGUGAUAAUUCUACAAAUAAAAAAUCUGAUUCAAAAUAUUUAUAUGACUGUAACCUAAUGUAACCCAAGCAUAUUAUUGAGAAAUUCUUAACAGAUCAAAUGAAUCUUGAAGAGAAAAAAAGUCAAAAGAAAUGAGCACUUUAGUUACUUCACUUGAGUUGUGUUGGUUUUAAAUGGUAGCCGUAAAGAAGAAAGAGGGGUAUUGAGUAUCAGUGAAGCAGAAGAGCACAUCAGACUGAACAUUGUGCUAGAAUAAGAGAAUUUAAGCAACACAUUUUAUCAGGUUUUCACAAGCACUGGCAUGAUCAGAAU